UCAACAAUGCGGAUGCUGCUAUUUCUCAGUGCGCUGUUGGGGGUGUUCGGGUUGGAGAAAGCGUCCCCCGUGGACACCCAGCAGCUUCAGGCCCUUCACUGCCCGCCCUGCGAGCGGAUACACUGCUCCUCCCGGCGGGCGCUGAAGCUCCAGUGUAAAGGGGGCGUGACGACGGGUGUCUGUGGCUGCUGCCCCGUGUGCGCCAAGACGGAGGGGGAGACCUGCGGGGGCACGUGGGACUACCUGGGGAAGUGCGACGAGGGGCUGGUGUGCGUUUUUCAGGACUCAGCAGCUGUCAAACCAGACGCAGAGCGCAAAGGGAUCUGCAAAGCAGUGAUUGAACAGCUGGAUGCAGAGAGCUGCCAACCAGAGUGCACCAAGGAGUACUGCCAGGCCAACCCCUCUGCAAUCUGCUCUGCCAGGUCUACGUCUCUGCAGAAUAAAGAGUGCCAGGGCUCCUGCCAGCACACGUCCUGCUCCAGCUGUCUGCUGCUGAAGCGACCAUCGUGCUCUCAGACCUGCGCCCCGUCCGAUUCCACCUGUCUGCAACACUUUGGGAAGUGUGUGCACAAUCACCUGACUGCACCUCACAGUCCCAUAUGUCACACCAACCUCCAGAGUAACUGCGAGGGGCAUUUCGUGUGCUUGAUCCCGGACUGUCCGAGCUCAUCCAGCUAAGAGGAAACCAAGAGGAACACUUGUAGCAAAAUGUGAAGAAAGGCAGCUAUGUUUAAACCCUGUGAAUAUCUUAAAACUACUUAAUCAACAAUUACUUUUUCCCCCUGCAAUUUAAAUCAAGAUAAAAACUUUCUACUUUUUAAAAUUCUGUACUGACUUUGCUCUGUCUAUUUAUUUAUGGGGAUUACCAGGCUGGAUCUGCACUAUUCUAGCUGUUAAUUAAUGCUGUCAAGUGAUGUGCAUUGCUUUAUAUCACAUUAGACAGUUGGCAUUAUCACAGCUUUUUUUUUUUUUUUUUAACAUGUUUUCUUGUAUCUUAUAUGAACUUGUGUGUGACAAUAAAUGUUUAAUUCAUGUACCACAACAUGAAAACCUACCUGCUAAGUAAACAUAUGUCAGAUUCUCUCUGUCACCUGUGUGUCAAUUAUUUAAUUAGAUCUCAAAUUACUGGAUUUCAUUACCAGUGAAUGAAUAUUCUAAUCCAUAUUCUUACAGUGUCAGCUGUAAAAUAAAAAUGCAGUAAAUACAUUAUUUAUAAAAC